AGACUGAUAACAAAACAGCACAUGAAGUGAGAGGGAAAUGCUUUAUCUCGUUCAUGGUUUCGGAGGAGGCAUUGGGAUGGAAACUGCAGCAUUCAGGUGCAAUCAUUCAUUAAAGGCUGAAGAAAUAUUAUUACUAUGUACAACAUUGAUCAGCUGGUCAUGUUAUCAAUAACUGGAUAAUUGACAAUUGAUGAUGGGGAUAAACAGAUGAGAUGUGUACUAUGAUAAUUGUUUGAGAUGGACUUCUUUAGUACAUUUACUGACUAUCAAUACUUAUGGGUGUACUUGAUACAGGAUGUAAAAUGGAUGUUAACUACUUAAAUGAAUUAUUGUCAAUGAUUAAAACAGUAAAGUAGCGGGAUUUAUAUCACAUUGAAGGAAAAUUUGUGGCAGAUGUAUUAUAACCAAAGGCGAGGUUUCUCAAAAUGGAUAUUGAAUUGCCAGUUGAGCAGGUCCAACAAAGACAGAAUACUUUUAUAACUGCAUUCAAGUCGUGUUUUCUGAACAAAAUAUCUAAAUACCAAAAUAUAUUAAUGAAGAAUGGUGUACAAAUUAGUCAACACUUAUCAGAUGUUCCUGCAGCUGUGGCUUACAGCCCUUCAUUCGAAGAUCACAUUGAGCUUGUCAUAGGACAGAAAUCAGGCACAGUAGAUUUGAGCAAAAGCCUAUGGAAGAGAGGUGGCCGUAUCAGCACACUGCAAGUGUUUACAUGGAUCUAUGACCUUGUACGUAGGACAAAAGCUGUGAGAAUUCUGCGGCAUCUGGAUGGAGUGCCAGAGGAUGAUGUGCAUGCAGUGCUGGACCAGGUGGGGGCGGAGAUGGCCGUGGCCUAUGAGUACCAGUUGGUGAUGCUGGCUGGAAACUGUGAGGUGGUCAGACUGGCCCAACAUGCCACAGCCUGCAUGCUGGAGUUCCUCAACUCUACUGAUGGACAUUUCAACCCCGAGGACUUACUGCAGGCAGUACUGGCGGUGAAGCCAAAAAGCGGCAGGAAAAAAGAAAUACUAAGAACAAGGGCUGUUAUUUUCCGUGGUAACACAGUCUGUUUUUGUUGGAGACUUGGACAGGUGCUUAAACAGCCGGGUCUACGUAUGGUCCACAACUUUGUCAAUGCUGAGAUGAAACACAAUGAUGAUGAUAUAACUAAGGAGAACAUCUCCGCUGCAAACAGUUCCCAGAACUCCGUAGCAAAUGAAAACAUUAAUGAUGAGUCCUCAGGGAUUUGCUUAAAAGAGCGCUUAGGGAAAGCUAAAAGUUACAACAAAGAUACAUCAAGUGACAACUGUACUGCUUUGAGUGUUAACAGCUGCAGUGUUGAAAAAUCAGAUUCUAUUUUGACUCUGGGUGAUACUGGUAACACUAUGCCCUCAAUGGAAGAGAGUCCAGUAAGGCUUUCAAGAGUGAUUCAGGCAGUUAACAUGGACUAUGAGAAAGGGAUUCUGAUGGUUACAGACCACCAUGUUGAGGCAAGUGACUUUAGUCCUGUAGACCACAGUGAUUCAUUGUUGGAAGACAAAACAUCACUUGAUGGGGAUUCUGACAACUUUUCUGAACAUGAAAAACCUGAUAACAAGAUGCAAUAUUUGAACAGGGAGGUAAAGGAAGACAAUACUCAUGCACCGAAUAAGAAUGAAUGCAAAAUAGAUAUACAUAGAGAUAAGAGUUAUGCUGAUUUUACAGUUACAGAUCAGGAAACACGAAAUAUGCUCAAAACUCAGUGCAAUAAUGAAAACAUCAUUCAAACAAGUCAAACAGAAUUUAACAAGGAAAAGAUGUCAUUGGAUCUCAAAAACCCAGAUUGCUCAUUAACUAAUGAAUCACUCAGUCAUUCUGUUAAUACAGCAGACAAUGAUUUAAGAGAUGUAAACUUUACACAUAUCAAUGUUGGUGCUACAGUGGAAGAGAGAGCUGAACCAAACCAAAGAGAUUUCAACACAUCUAUUUGUCAACAUCGAAAUACCCUUUACAAGUUUUAUGGCUGUUUUACUCCAUAUGGUGCUAAGUGUAGGCCAAAUCUUUACGGUUUUAGGGGUCCGUUACAUGUAUGGAACUAUAGAAAAAAGAAAUACUCUCUCAUAUACAAUGACUCUGUCAGCGUGGCAUCAUUACAUAAUACAGAGAUGCCGGUGGAUGACGAAAAUGCACAUCAAUCUUAUUCCCCCAAAACUAUAUGUGAACACUGACAUUUUGUAAAAGAGGGAAGGAAAUUAUUUAAUCUAGUUGUUUAAUAUAGAUGAUUAUAUGUAAUAUAAAGCCAAAUUUUCCAGAAUUGGAACUUUACAAAGUGUAUUAACCAGAAUUAUAUACCCACCAAGAAUGACCACACUGCAGGGAUUUGCCUUUCUGAAUAUUUUCCAUUUUGGCGUAACCCGACAUCCAUGAGCUACAGUUUUAAAUACUGCACCAUAUUAAAAAAAAACUGUGAUUGUUAUUAGGCAUUAUCAUUACAUUUUUGUUCUCAGAAUAAGCUGAUUUUUAUUUCAACUUCUUCAAUUUAGUCAUAAAAGAUCUCAUAAUAGAACUGAUCUCAAUUGUAAGAAUAACUGCUGAAAAAAUCAUUGUUUCUUUAAGUAUUUGUAAUGCUUUUAGCCAUAAAAACACCAAAUGUUUAACAUAAAUACGAAAAACUGCAACCUUAUCUUUUGUCAGCAGUCUAAAUCAAUUACGCGAAAAAUGGAUCAUUCCAUGACAAAAAAUAAGUUGUCAAAACUGUCACUCUGUGAGAGUGCAACUUUAACUCGUGCAUUUCUCGAUGUAAGUAUUAGAAAGACAUGUAACAACAUUCUACAUAUAAAAUUUAUUAUUUUAUCAUUUUAUUAAUGCAUUUCAUAAGAACAUUUUUUACUGAGCUUUCAGUAAAUAAAUAGUGGUUAAAAAUAAACAAUGGUCACUAACAAUAAGUAUACUUUGAUAUUCUGAAUGGAACAACUUGCCAGGUAAAAGUAAAAUGGCAAGACCUAAUAAAUACAUUUGAAUAAUCAUACUUCACAGAUCAAUGUUACAAAAACUGUAACAAUAGCAGAAUCUUUCUUCCAA